AUGGCAGGACUGUGGACCCCAGGGGCCACGACCCCCGCGGUGACUCCAGCAGACAGCACAGCUGACUCUGAGAAAAACACUGAAUUCCAGGAGAAUGAAAAGAUCCUUUCUCAAGAUUUGCUCUCACCUGACCAGAUCACUGACCUGCUGAGCGAAGCUGACAUGGAUGGAAUUCAAGAAAAAAUGAAAGUGUUUCUGAAUUUUAAAAAUCUCCGGACUUGCUUAAGAGAUGCCAUUCUCUUAGACUACUAUGUGUCCGGGUUCUUUUGGGCCAAAACCAUGGACUUUUCCAUCAACCAACAUUCAAAAUUCAUGACUUUGCUGGACUUGUUACUGCAUAAUCUUCAAACACUCCAUAUGUCCUUAGGGGACAGCAUCAAGUGGCUCGGGGAAGUGAUGGCAGAAAUUGGACCUAACCAUUCACAGAAGAACCAGGAGUUGCAUGUCUUCGACGUCAAAGAAGCCAACGCCAUCAUCGAUUACUUAAAAACCAGCUUAUUCCAGCACUACAGGCUCUACGAGUUUAUGUUCUACUCGACCAGGGAAGAAAUUGUCAUCGGAACUGAGCAAACCGUAGAAGUGUGCAAGUCUGCAGACCACCCUUUCCCAGCCCCACUGGAGGAAGGAAUCUCUUUGGACAUCUAUUCAGCUUUCAUAGAUCGGUUGCCAACCCCAGAGAGCGAAGGGAAGGUGCUGGAUCAAGAGCAAAGCCCGCAGGAUCUCCAGCCAGAGAGUGAAGCGGCAGAGGCGGAUUCUUUAGCUGGCUUCACCAUCGAUGAUGUCAAAUCAGCACUGGCUCGAGUGACAGAUGAGGUUUUAUUGAACAUUCAGAAGGAGAUAAACGAAAAGCUGCAAGCACAGGAAGAGGCCUUUAAUACACGAAUAGAGAAAUUGAAAAAGGCCUGA